AUGCCAAUACUUUUUAAAUCUUCCUCACAUCAUCCAUCAAGUAGUAGAUUAACAGGAUCACAACAAAGAAGACUUUCAAAACUUUCUGCUAAUUUAGCAACAAAUAAUAGGCCACCUAUUAGAAAGGAUGAAUCUAUUGGAAGUGAAAAAAUUAAUUUAUCUCUUGCCAGUCAUAUUCAUGCUCUUAAAAAAACAUUACAUGAAAAAACAAAAUUAACAUGGAAGGAACGUUUGUCACCCUCUAAUAUUUUACAAGCAUUUAAAACAAUUUAUAGAAAAAGACAUUUAAAAUAUCUUACACCAUUAAUAUUUGUAACACUUUAUAUGAUUGCUGGUGCAGCUUUAUUUUUAUGGAUAGAAAGUGGUAAUAGUAAUCAAAAAAAAUUAGAGAUAUAUCAAAAUUAUAAAAGAGAAAAACUUUAUUUUUUAAAAAGAGUGGAUGAAAUAUUUCAGGAUAGAACAUUAAGGAAUUCUUCUCAACGACGAAAAGAAAUUAAUGAUGCAAUUGUAAAUUUUCAUAAUGAAAUAGAUGUUGAUUUUAAUAUUGAUCCAAUAUGGACAUGGUCAUCAGCAAUGUAUUUUUCAGGAACAAUAUUUACAACAAUUGGUUAUGGUGAUAUUGCUUGUGAAACAACAUGGGGCAGAAUUUUAACAAUUGUUUAUGCAAUGUUUGGCAUACCGUUAAUGCUUGUAACAUUAAGUGAUCUAGGAAAAUUUCUUUAUACAACAAUUAAUGAAGUCUUAGAUUGGUUUUCAGAGAUAUAUAAUAUAAUAUUUUUAAAAUUAUGUCAUAAAAAAAAUAAAGAUAAUGUUUGUGAUAUAAUAGAACAAGAAGAGACAACAAAUAAUAAUAAUAAUGCUGAAACGAAAAUUUACAAUGAAAUAAUAAGUCAUAAGUGUUCUUUAGCAACGCCUAAUGAUUUAUCAUUAAGAUUAUCUGUUAGUUCUAAAGGAGCCAUAGAUAAGGAAAUUGAUGAUAAAAAUCCAGAGAUCAUUGAAUUAACACAAAAUGAAAAUACUGUUAUACCAAUUUUCUGUAUAAGACCAUCUAUAGAUACAGCUAUUACAAUAGAAGAAAAUGAUUUAGAAAAAAGAGAUGAUGACUUAGAAAUAUUUGAUGAUGAAGAUUUAGAAGAUUUAGGUGCUCCACCACCAAGAAUGCAUGUUAUGGUUGCAUUAACUGUAACUAUUGGAUGGAUAUUUCUUUGUGCAUUAUUAUUUAAAUUAUGGGAAAAAGAUUGGACAUAUGGUGAAAGUUGUUAUUUUAUGUUUAUUAGUUUAUCAACAAUUGGUCUUGGAGAUUUAUCUGUUAAGAGAAAAGAUAUGAUGGUAUUGUGUUUUGUUUUUGUAAUAAUUGGCUUAUCAUUAGUUUCAAUGUGUAUAAAUGUUAUUCAAGGAGCUAUUGAAGAUUUAUACAAACGACUAUUGCUAAAGUUACUUAUUGAAUAUACAAAUAAAAUGGCAGAAAAUGGUAAUCAUACAGAUGCUUCAAUGGGAUUAAUGAAAUCAUGGGGAAGUAAUAAAGCGGCAAAAUAUUUAAUGCCAUUAAUUUCAGCUGAAAAAAGAAAACAUGUUUUAGAAACUGUUAAAGAAGAAGCUAAAGAUAAUGGGUAUGAAAUUCCAUUAAUUCUCGAGGAUAUCGAUGAAAAAAGUGGAAUGCCAAAAAUAUUAAAAAUUCAAGAUCUUGAACCAAAUUUAGUAAAUGAUCUUUUUGAUGCAAUUGUUAAAGAAAGUGAUCCUGCUAAUGUUGAAACUACUAGUAAAUUUACAAUUAGUCCCACUGUUAUAUGUGUUGAAUCGUCAUCACAAACAGUUGAAAAAAAUUUUAUUGAUAAUUCACAACAAACAAUAACCACUAUACUUGAAGAGUCAGGUAAUCAAACUGAUGUUGAAGAAAAAGAUAUAUUAGAUACAUUUACACAAUGUGAAACUGUUAUCCAAGAGGAUCAAGAAAUUCAAACGAUUAAAUUUGAAGUAAUAAAUAGUGAUACAAUGACUGAUAUAAAAAUAUGUAAUGAAGCGUCAUUACAAACAGAUGAUAUUUUAUCUAAUGAUGAAGAAAUACAAACAAUGGCUAUUCAAAAUUUAGUUGUUGAAACUCAAACUGAUGUAGCAAAUUUAAGUGAUACUUCUAUUCAAACAUUAGAUAAAGAUGUUAUUAAUACAGAGAUGCAAACAGAUACACCUACACGAUUAAAACGAAAACCCAAAAAAAUAACAAAACCACGUAGGAAGAUGACAUUUCAUAUUUUUAAAAAUAAAUUACCAAUUCCUAGUGUAAAAAUUUCAGAAGAACCACCUAGUUCAAGUUCUCUUAGUUCUGAAUCAUUUCGAGAUGAAUCGUCAAUGGAAAAACUAGAUUGGGAUCCAAUUGAUGGUUUACAUGCUGAGAAACAACGGCCUGUUAAAGAACUAUUAAAAAUGUUUGAUCGUACUACCAAAAGACACACGAAACAAGGAUAUGAAAGAAGAAAAUCAAAAUAA